AGGAAAUGAAAUACCCAUAUGUUAUGGAAAGGUGUGAUCAAUCAUACUUCCAGGUUACAGGAAACACAACGUGUAUUUCUGGUGUUGGAAUAUAGCCCGAGAAUAUCAGUACAGGGGACAAUGGCAGGAUUGAAUGAAAUGGAAUGUCCAAUUUGUUUUGAGGAUUUUGUACUCCCGAAAUUGUUACCAUGUGGCCACACGUUUUGUGAUAACUGCGUUAAGAAAUGUUCCAUUAGUUCGGAAGAUAUAAUAUCAUUAAUAUGUCCACUUUGUAGAUCAACGACAAACGACGUACUGACUAAUUAUUUUAUAGAAUCAAAAUGCAUACCUAAGUUCUGUGAAUUCUGUCACAAUCAACUGAAAGUUUCAAAUAAACAAUGUGAAGAGUGUCAUUUAUUCUAUUGUUUGAAAUGUUCGUACACACAUAUCCAUCAAUGUGAAGAAAAUGAAAGCCCUAAAACAAUACCUCGAACGUCGGAUCUUAUUCAGCAAUUUGGAACAGUACGAACUAAAUACUUCUGUAGACACUGGUAUACGUUUGAACCGGAAUAUUCAACAGUAGAUGGCAUACAACACAAUGUUUAUUCCAUAAGAGCGUACGACGCACAUGCAUACGUCAUUAUUGAAGGGCGUUCAUACAUAUACAAAUAUACCAGACAGGGCAAUUUAUUAAACAAAAUAUGUACACCAAAUAUUCCGUCGGGGAUGAUUAAAUUGAGUGAUGGUUCGUUACUGGCAACGUUUCCAGAAGAAAAAAAACUAUUGCAUUAUUCGUUUGGAAUUUGGCACAGUUUUCUAGACGUUUCAUAUUCACCGAUGGAUGUGGCAGAGAUUGAUGAUGACAAGAUUGUGGUAUGUGGUCAUAGAAACAUUGGUAGUACGAAUGGUGGCAACAACCAGUCCCAUUGUAUCGUUGAAUUUUUAUCAAGGCAAGGACAGCUACUUAAGACUAUCUAUCAAAAAGAGAAUCAGAAUAUUAUUCAAAUAGCUACAGCUAUAGCAGUUAACCAAAAACUUGGAACUAUUGCUAUUUGCAAUGGCGACAGAGUAACAAUUUUAUUUUCGAAUGGUGAUAUUUGUUCGGUCUACAAAGGGUCGUUUCCCUUGAGAAUUCUUAUAUUUGGAGAAUCGCCUAGACAUGAGUUUAAACCAGCAGCCAUCUGUUGUCAUGGAAAUGGACAUUUCUUGGUGUCUGACUACCAAGAAGGAUAUGUACAUGUACUUGAUCCUCAAGGUCAUUUCAAAGGGGUUCUCACUUGUAGUAAAAGUACCGGACAUGGAUUGCCAGGCGUUAUGUCGGUUGAUGACUUUGGAUUUCUCUGGGUAGAAGAUAUUCAGCACAAAUGCAUAAAGACAUUUACGUUCAGUUUUUACGAAAAUUAUUUUACAAGGAGUUAAUUAUACAUUCCGAUCCGCUAUUGUGUGCUGCCUUAUCACUUAAUAUAACUUAUCAAUUUAUUUUAUGGGAGUAUCAUGACGGGUGUCACAUGCAUGUGGAGAAGGAUCUGCGUACCCUCCACGAGCACCUUAGAUCACCCUAAGUUUUUGAUGGGGGCGUCGUCAGGAUUUCCUAUGUAAACUUCGUCAUAGUAAAACCUUGUCAAAAGAAUAUCAAUAUGCAUGUACCCCACACUUUGUGAAUCCUGCACUGCAUCAUUAAAUUGUUUUAAGGUAUUUCAAAUGACCAAACCGUUGUAAGUAUUAGCAGUAUUGGUUUUACUAAGUCGUACAAAGCAGGUACAGGUGUUUUCCUAGUUCUUUAUGAUUUUAUGGCAAAGUUGAAAAAAAUAUGUAAAUCAUCGUUUUCCCUUUAUAUGAAUGUUUUUGUUUUGCGGGCUGAAUCGGUCAAUGAAAUUAGUCUUUAUAAUGGCUUCCCUAGUUUCACUUUCCCCCUGAGGUCAUGUGCAAUCGAUCUAUAACUGAGUCAAAUCAUAAGUCGCGUGCAUACAGUUCCAAAUGAGGUCGAAUUAUUGUCUUAUAAGUCGAUAAAUAAAUAAAUAAAUGUGCCAAUAUUUUGACAAAAUUGAACCGAACUGAUUUCUCUUACCGAUUUAUUGUUUAUGUCAUUUUAAUUUUGUUAGAUUGCUGUCGCUCUAACGUAAAUCAUACAUUUUCGUUUAUUCAUGCUUAGAUAACGAUUUUUACAAGUUGAUAAUUUUUUUGCCAAAUUAUAGUUGUCGCUCUUUGUUCUGCAUUUUGAGAAGAUUUAAAUUUCCUACCAACCAAAAGGCAUGUUGUACUAUAAAACAAAGAAAUAUUUAGGGAGAAACAGUUGAUUUGUAUAGACUUAUAAUGGUGGUUUUGAUACACUAUUCUGAUAUCGGUAGUCUUUUAUUUUUUCCCUAAUUUUUCUAUCAUCGUAUGAGCUUUUCAAUUGGUGUUUGAAAAUACAAACACUGCACAUACAAUUGUAUGGUCUAAAAAGUUACAUUUGAUAAAUAUUAUACACAUUAUUUUUCUUUGCUUGAUCAAAUAAAGUCUCCAGUAAUCCUACUUCUUUGUUGAGCGAACGGUCAUGAUAAAAUUAAUCUCUACUUCACAGUUCAUUUUUGGGUCCUCUUCGCAGUCCUCGUUUAAUCCAGGUCGAUUUUUAACAACAACAAAAAAAUAACAGCGGUCUUGAAUCCAUUUUUUAUUGUAAAGGCUUCAAGGUUAAAUUGCAAGAUAAAACAAUAAUGUACAUUGUCAGAAAAUAUGGCAUCAGACCUUCGGGUUACACAUGUUUGUUUCAAUUUUUAAAAAGUAAUAUCUCCUUUAUACAGUCCUUGUGUGGUGAUUAAACACCAAGAAAACUAAGACUAGGAUUUUUCCUUAUAAAGUAAAAAUAUAUCUCUCAAAGACUGACGUUGUUUUUAUUUUGGUCCACAACCAUUAGAAUCUGCUACAUAAUAUAAAUAUCUAGGUAUUGUUGUCAACAAUAAAGGUAAACUAAUUAUAGCAGUUGAAAUCUUGCUGAUAAAGAACAUAAGACAUAUUUUCGAGGGGCCUGAUGGGGGGGGGGGGGUCUCAUCCCGAUUCACGAGUUGAUUUUUUUGUCAAUCACGAUUCACAGAAAAUAAAUUUCCAUGAUCACGGAUCACGAAAAUAUAAAAAAAAAAAUCUGUAGAAAAACGGAUCACGAUAGCGAAAAUGCACCGAUCACGAAGAACGAAAAUAACCCAUCAGGCCCCUCAUUUUCCGUGAAAACAAAAUUACAAUAUUCUAACUAUUGCAGUGGAAAAUUAGUGAUACUUUUUGACUCGUUAAUUUCACCUUUAAUGACGUAUGGGUCAGAAAUUUUAAUCUAGGAGACGGAUUUAUAAAAGUUUUUCAAAACUUGUUUCCGAAUCCCAUAUUUGAAUUUCAUGUAACAUUGUAAUACUUUAUUGUUGUAAUUUUUCAUUAAUAAAUACUGUUUAUACUAAA